GGGGAGGUGACAGUAGCUCACACCUGCCCAACACUGACAGUCAUGAAGACCUUCAUCAUCGUGGUCUUGGCGGCGGCGCUGGCUGCUGGUCAACAGUUCCAGCAGAAGAGGGACUUCACUCCCGCCGUCAGGCUUGCUGAUCAGGGAUUCUUCCAGCAAACUGGAAGCUCUACUUUCAGAUCCGCAGAUAGCAACAAGAAUCAGUUCCAGAGUUCCUCCUUCCAGCCCAACAACAACUUACAAGACACUCAGAGAGACAACUUCAGGUCUGGUUUGGUUGACAGCAGCGUCUCCAGACAGUCUGGCACCUUCGUCAAUAAUGUCCAGUUCAGAGCAAAUGUUGCUGACCGCAGUCAGUUCGAGGACAGUUCUUUCCAGCAGAGCCAACGCAACAACUUCAACGACGUCCAGCAGAACAGUGGUGGCAGUUUCCAGUCAGGAACCACACAACAAAACGUUGGUAACCUUUUCCAGUCUAACACCAUCCAACAGAAUGCCGACAACGCAUUCCAGAGUAGCUCAUCCCAGCAGAAUAAUGCUAAUAAUCGCUUCCAGACAUUCACUUCUCAGCAGAAUAACGGCAACCGUUUCCAGGUCAACAAUAACCAACAAAACAUCGACAGAACCAGCCAAGGCAACUUCAACCAGCAAAACGCUGCCACCCGCUCCCAGCUCAACACUAACGAUCGCAUCUUCCAGCAAAGUCAGUUCCAGGGUAAUGCUUUCCAGAGAUCUGGAUCAUCAUUUGAGAAUUCUGACGACACCAUCAGCGGCGUCUAUGAACCUCUGAACCUUCCCUCUGGCGCCAGCGUCCUGAUGGGUAGCAUCUCCACGACGUUCAACUGCUUUGACCGUCCCUACGGCUACUACGCCGACCAAGACAACUCCUGCCGCGUCUUCCAUGUGUGUAAUCCCGCCCUCUUCUCUGACGGUGCUAUCCAGACCUUCCAGUACAGUUUCAUGUGCGGCGAGGGAACCGUGUUCGACCAGAAGGAGAUGACCUGCGUGAUGGAGUCGUCGGCCACCCCCUGCCAGGAAGCCUCCAACUACUACGUCAGGAACCAAGAGUUCGGUCGUCUCGAGGACAGGCAGUUCUGAACACCAUGACGAAAAGUUGUGAAUAUUUCCACCUGAGGUUCCAAGACACUGUACAACUCCGGCAGUUUACAACUCUCCAUCACUCACGAAAUAUGACGACAUAGAAACUGUAAAUUAUAGUCUCUGAAUUUACGAAAUAAAUGAUAAUUAUUUA